CUCUCUCUCUCUCUCUCUCCAGGUAAUGAUCUGUUCCUGGUGGCGGUCCAUGAGUUGGGUCAUGCGUUGGGUUUGGAGCACUCCAACGAUCCGAGUGCCAUCAUGGCUCCUUUCUAUCAGUACAUGGACACUCACAACUUCAAGCUGCCUCUGGACGACCUGCAGGGCAUCCAGAAGAUCUACGGCAUCCCCACAGCCAUGCUGGAGCCCACCAGGCCGCUGCCCACCUUACCUUCUCGGAGGACACACUCCACCUCCGAACGAAAGCACGACCGCCACUCCCGUCCGGCGCGCCCGCCCGGCGACCGCCCGGCGCUGCCUGGAAACGGCAAACCCAACAUCUGCGACGGCAACUUCAACACCGUGGCCUUCUUCAGACGGGAGAUGUUUGUCUUCAAGGUGAGACACAAAGAAAAGGACGCUCCUGUGUUUCGCUGCUCGGUGGCUUCACCUCUGGAGGUGUUUCAGAAUGAAAUCUAGAAAUCCAGAAGGAAACUUACUAACGAGUCGAUUCUGUAUUCUGCUGGAUUUACUGAGGUCGCACGAUUUCAACUGAGAAGGAGGUGUAAGUGAACACAGCUCAGGUGGUGUUUCAAGAACCACAAGGACGGCUUUAGUGGCGUAAACACAACACAUCAGAUACACUCUGAAAGCUGGUUAUUAGCCACAGACGUGAAGAUAUUUAGCUGCUAUUAAUAAACACAAUCAAACUUGAAUUUGAACCAUCAACGAACCCAAAGCAGUCUCCCGUCACAUGUUCCUCUCUGAGGUCUUGAUCUUCUCUGUAACAUAAAGUUCUGCUCCUCUAUGAAACAGAACCAUCAUGAGUAGAAGUAGAGAGAACUAGAACGUGUCUUUAGUGCAGAACAACACAGUUACAAUGACAUCAAUCAUAAAACAAAACGCAAGAGGGAUUUCUUUGAUAAUUUAUUUUACAAAAGUUGGAAAACAUAGUCGCACUGAGAAGCUCAGAAUCUAAUGUUUUUAACAGAAUCUGGUUAAAUCAAACAGUUUGAGACGAGAUCUUAAAUGAGGCACGUAGAAUGAAAAGGUUUUAGUAAAAUAUCACUAUUCUAAGCUCCGAUUCGAUCGCUCUUUAUAACAGUCGCCUUCGUCACACACGAUGUGUUCAAGGACCGUCGUGAAGAUGAAACUCUGACGGUUAUCACAGUUUUUACAGCUUGUUUAUAGUAAACAUGCUUUUCAACCCAAGUCAAUAUUUCCUAAUUAAGAUCCCGUCAUUUAUUUCCUGAGCUCAGUGACCUCAUAUAAAUCCUCAUAACUCGGUCUGUGAGCUGUCCUUUACUUAGGUUGGAGGUUAAAUCACAAAUAUUGAAUGCACUAAACUAUAAAGUCUUGCAGACUCCAGGAUGCAUGUUUCUGCUCAGAGUUAACGCUCCUUCAGAGAGCAGAGUUCUCUACGAGAUCAAACGGGUCUCAGCUGCUGCAGACGGUGAGUCACACGGCCGUGAGUCGCUAUUAAAAACAUGGUGGCUGUGGGGCCAUUCUGAUGAACGUUAAGUGGGGAUGAUGCAGGACCUGAGUACGAGGUACGCUCGCUCAGAGUUGCAGGUUCGAUUCCCACUGGAGUCAAAAGAAAUUCUCUCUGUCCUUUGAUCAUAUACAGUAGCUACAGGUGGUUACUAACUGAGUAAUGCUGCUCUGCUAUUAUUGAACACUGCUUGUUUGAAAUAUGUGUGUGUGUGUGUGUGUGUGUGUGUGUGAGACAGAGGGAGUUACACACUGAGGAAGAAAAAUCCAUUUUGAUGUCUCUGAUCUCUAAACUGAAUGUUAGAAAAGGUCACGGAUCCGUCUCGCUCUCCGUCUAUCUUCUCCCUGCUGUCUGUCUGUCUGUCUCUCUGUCUGUGUGUGUGU